CAAAGAUUAAAAAAAAGAAAAUUGGAAGAAUCAUUGCCCACUUCCUCCUGGAUGCGUGGACGUGCGGAGAUCCACAAACACUCGGAUAAAAGUGUCCUGCGCAGCCCAGCCCCGGAGACAGGAAGCCCGAUCUCCUUUCCGGCACCUGAGUUCGUUCAGAAGCCGCUCGGCUCCUCCACUUGGUCUCCUCCAGACUUGGGGUCGAGAUGCAGCCUCCUGCCACCACCAGGUUCACGCUGGGCCUCCCGGUCCUGCUGCUGGUGCGCUGGGUCACGGCGGCGGCGGCCGGAUCGGUCGUGGGCGCGACGAGCAGCGGGCGAGAGAUACAUGCUCUCUCUCUUUCCUACAACUUCAACAUCACAUCUCAGGCCAGGCCUGGACAACCAUGGUGUGAGAUUCAAGGCCUGGUCGAUGGAAACCAGUUUCUUUCUUACGACUGUCAGAGCAAGGAGGUCAAACCGGUUGGUCCUCUGGGGAUGAAGCUGAGGGACACGGCGUUUUGGGAGAGACAAAAGGAAAUUCUGGAAGACCUGGUGGAAGAGCUCAGAAAGAAACUGCUGGACAUCAGAACAGGGAUUUUCACUAAGAGCCAUCCUCUCACCCUGCAGGGCAGGCUGAUGUAUGAGUGUGGACCGGACAGACAGCCCAGAGGAUCCUGGCAGUUUGCCUUCAAUGAGCAGAUAACCCACCGCUUUGACCCGGAGAUCAGAAAGUGGACAGUGGUGCAUCCUGGAGGCCAACAGUUCCAGGGCACAUUGGACAGUGACAGAGAGCUGACCGGCUUCCUCAUGAGGAUCUCCAACGGAGACUGUAAGGGCUGGCUCCAGCAAGUAUUGGAGCACUGGGAUGAAAUGCUGGAGAAAACAGCGCCACCAACCACUCAGCAGGACACGGCCCCGGCCAGGAACACGGCCAUCGGACCCGGCACCUGGAUCCCCACCCUGCUCCUCAGCUGCGCAGUCCUAAUUGGCAUCCAUGUCGGCCUCCUUUAGAGGACAAGGAUGGUGACAGCGACUACCUCUCAGGAGCUGACAGUCCAGGUGGCAACUGAAGGAUUUCCAGCAGCCCACCAGGUGACUUUUCUUAGGCUGCUGAGGCUACCAAGAAGCCCCUGAGGCGGGGACCAGCUCAGCAACUCUGCCUUGGGGCUGGCUGCCUUUGGAUGAGCUGCUGUUCAUUUUUAGACCAUCAGCGCUCUCGAGUUUACAAAUCCAGAGACCUCAGUCCGACCACGUGGUGCAGGACAGGGAACCUCCCAUGACCUUCUUGCAUGUGGUGGUGCUCCUGUUCAGCACUUUCAUUCGGCAUAUUUUAUGCCACUUUCUCUCUUUGGUGCUAGGUGAUGGUAUUCUUGUGCUGAAAUAUUUAAAUGCUUGCCCAAGAAAUCUCAAUGAAGAAAACGUUUUCCAUCUUGUUCUUGGUUAUGGAAUGUCAGAUUUUUCUCUGUGGGAUGACCUUGUUCUUGCACAGAUUAUUGCCAAAAAGAUAUCCUUUGGAAGCUAUGUAAAUUCAGGGAUAUUUUCUGUGUCCUCACUUUUUAAAAAUUUUUUAAAUACUUUAUUGAACUAUAGUUUACAUUUCUUAAAAUCAACCCAUUACCUCAUUGCUUCUAAAUGGAAUCCUUUAUAAUGUGAUUGUUUUCGGGGGCCUGGGUGCCUCAGUCGGUAGGGUGACUGC